AUGGGUUAGAAAAGUAGACGGACCGCGGGUUUUGACCCGGUUUUUGUAAAAUAGGCCCUCAUGGGAUUUGGGGUGAUUUCAAAUGUAAAACAAUGAAAGGUUUAAAUUAUGAAAAAGUAAAUUUUAGACCAUCUACAUUGGAGAGAAAAUAAAUUAAGAGCUGAUAGAAUUAUGGAGGAAUUCAGCACAAUUUAGAGUUUAUGUGUGACUAGAAAAUUAACAAUUAAAAAAUUUGGGGGAAACCUACUCCGGGUGGUUGUUUGAUUACAUUAUUUCCAUGGAUUCUUUUGAAACUACAGUAAACAAUAAAGCAAAAAAUAAUAAAACAGUAUCAGACAUGCAGUCGUAACAGCUGAGGGUUUCUUGCUCCUUUUGAACGGCGUUAUGCCUUUAUUAUAUUUGCUCUCUUUCUCUCGAGCUGAAAGAUCAAGAACUAAGGCCUUCGGUCAUUACAUGUGCAAGUCUCCGGACAUUACUUUUUAAUGAAACCUUUGGGAUUUUUGGGACAAAAGGUUGGACUUUGAUAAGAUUGAAUUGUGGAACUUGAACCUUGUAGUUUACCGACUAAAGUUCUCACACAAAUUGUCUCAUUUUUCAAGCGACAUUAGCACCCCAAUUGCCAUGACUUUUUGACGUAUGUACAUACAAUAUGACCCCAUCAAAACUACACUGAACCAGGCAAAUUGUGAUAUUUUUAAAUCGGAAAUUCUCCUCUUCUUGACGUCUCAACUCGGAUCAGUUUUAAAUCGUCUUUACUUCGGAAAUUCUUUGAUUGGCCACGUCAAACUUUUUGUUUUUUUUUUGUCUAAAACAGCACAUUUUUUCAGCUCAAAAUUGAAUUUAUUUUUAUUAAACGGCACUCUAAUAGAGUCUUUGUGUGGGAGUUAAUGGAAUUUGGGUGCUGGGAUUGUAUCUUUUUUAGCGUUCGGACAUUUUUUUAAUGGAUUUUUGGGAACGUUUAGAAUUUUUUGAAAUGAUUGUUUUGCAUAAUUUGAAAAUAUCGGCUUUUAAAUUUCAUAUUAUUAAUAUUACAAUGUAAGCAGCUCAUUUUAACACCCAUUUUCUACCAACUUACUCAAAAAAUAAUUCCAGAAUACCCUGCAAAUUACGGAUCCGUUCCGCAGAUCCAAGUCCUCCCCAGCGACAUCGAGGACACCAACAAUUUAAGUGCCUAUUCACGGCCUCUGUCCAGUAAGUUGUUUUGCAAAAGAUUACUCAUUACCAUACCUAUUCAAAUUUAUUUCAAUUAUGUUUUUAUUCAAGUCAAAUGCCCCUUUACAACUAUUUUUUUAUUCUUUUUACACUACUCUUUGCCCUUUUUACAACCAUUCUUUUCAAUUUUCAUAAUCAUCUGGGCCUUUUCCCCUCCGGCAAAUUUCGGCUGCGUGAUUUCAUUUUGGAGUUUACCACAUUCAAGGUCGAUAAUUUUUAGGCAUUCGUGAAUUGAAAUUCCAUUGAACUUUGGUUUCUUGUGGUGGGCACAAAAUUGGCAAAAUUAAAUAAAAAUUUUGGAUUUUGAAAGAGCAAACAUUCCAUAAUUUUCUAUCCAAAGGAUUGGAUUUUAAGUCUAUUUGCAAAAGUCGAGGGGAGAGUACGUAUUUACAAUAUUUUUUUAUUAUUUUGUAUGCAAAAAGUAAUAAAAAGGGGUCGUUGAUCUCGGGCGCGCUCGAACCGCCGGCCUUCUGUGUGUUAGACAGAUGUGAUAAACACUACACCACGAGAUCACUGCUCAGAAAGAAGAACAAUUUAGUCCAAAAUUUUGCUUUCAGGUAUUCAAAAUUCAAAGCUUAAUGUUUUUAAAUUUUGGUGUGCAAAAUUUUCCUUUUGGUUUUGAGGUUAAAAAAUUGCAAAAUAAUGUAAAAUACGAGUGUUUCCACAUCUUUUUAAAAUUUACAAAUGGGUUUUCUCAGAAACAAAAAAUUAAUAAAAAUAUUUUUGACUUCUUUCCCUUGACUUAUGGCUCCUUUUGUCCCACUAAUUAUUCAUUUCCCUGCCCCAUCCAUUUUCCUCAUCAAAAUUCCCAUGCGGAUUCCAGAAUCCCUGACUUUUGAAUGUCGACACCAAAAAAAGUAUUUGAAUAAUCUUAUUUUCGCUUCAUAAUAGGCCCUCAGGGGAUUUUCAAUGGAAACUGGGGCAUUUUUAAUUGAGAAGGCAAAAGAGAAAACGAAUAUCAUAAAGGGAUACAAAGGAGAAUAUUUACUGACAAAAUGUCGGUUCGGGUUUGUUUAUGAGAGAUCCAGCAGUUAGAUUAUGACAUUAGAGGUGCUGUGGAAUCGGCAAGAAUAAUUAGUUGUUUACAAAAAUGAAUAGGACACCAGAAAAUGCGGAUUUAAUAACAUUUGCCUCCGUCAAUUUGCGGAAAAGGCGAGUUAAAGGGCGAUUACCCAACUUUUUGGUGAAAAUACCAUUAAGCUUUUGUGUCAAGCACUUGUAAACAGCACUUUCUAGUAGUAUGGAAAAAGUUGUAGAUCUAUUUUUGGCGUUCUGUUCCAUUUCUAGAUAUUUUUCGAUGAAGAAUGGGAUGAAUUUCUUCAAAGUUCACCUUGUUCUUGAAGGGUAAUAUCUCGAGCUGUGCCCAUGGGAUCCUUCUUAAAUCGUAUCCACUUACUCUCAAGUAGCCGUAUCUUAAUUCACGAAAAUUGUAGCUCACGCUUUGCAAAGAGGGUCGUCUUUACAAAGCCUUUUUUCGUGGGAUUCAAGAAAAAUUAUGACAAAUGGUAAGAGAAAAAACGGUUUUCGGUUAUUUCUCUGCGAAUAUCUCGCGGAAUAAAUUGAUUUUUUGCACAGAAAUGUUGCUCUAUACUUAUAUUAGACUAUUAAAUUUACACAAUAAAAAUUUCAAAAAAGUCAAAAAAUUUUACGCAACUUUUUGAGUCAAUUUCCUAGGAAUUUUUGCAAAAUUUUAGGCUUUAAAUUUCGCAUUUUUUUAGACGAUGCUUGGUAAGAGUCUGAUCAUUCAAUUAUCAUCAUAUUUCCUCUAAAUUUUCCUCUAGAAAUUUCUAGAAUUUGUUGUAAUCCCUGUCGCUCAUCAGGGUUUCAUCGACAAUUUCCGCUAAACUCUUUGAACUAUAAUCCUUACAAGUUCAUCUUUUUCACUCCAGAGACCAGAUAUAAACCGCCCUUUCUCGGCUGCCCUUUAUUAUAACACUUUUUGGGGUAAUUAUAAUAUCAGUAAAGGUUGUCAUUUGAUCCAUUCUUAUAUGUAAAAAAAUGGCUAAAAUAAAUUCCCUUCUUUGCAAAAUAAAUUAUUCUUUCUUAUGGAGUAGAGGUCAACUUUUUAAUUACAAGUUUUUUGUUUUUUAUAGCAUGAAGUAUGGAAUUUUUGAUUUUUUACUGGAUUUAAAUUUUAAAUUGUUUGUUGCCAUGUGUGUAAACUUGCUAAAAAAUGAAACAUUACUGCUUUCUAACAAAGACAAUUUCCCCAGGCUUUUUUCUCCCAGAAAAUUCUCACGUAUCCCGGAAAUUUUUUGGUUUAUGUCCUCUAAGUUACAAUUUUUUAUAUGUAAUGUUUUUUAUUACAUAUUACUUUCGAGACCCCUCAAAAACAUCUUUUAAAUUUUUUUCUCAAAAUUCCAGCCAAUUUUAAUUUUUUACAAUUUGAACUCUGUUUCAUCUUUUCCUGUUUUCUUGAGACGUUUCGAUGCCCUGAGGGAUUGUUUUUGUCACCAGAGGCUCAAGUUUAUCAAAAAGAAACGAUUUCCUGCAGAAUUCUUGUUAUUUUGUGUUAUCUCAACGCGACUUUAUUGAAUCAAUUUCGUAACAUUUCAUUCAAUUUUGAUGUUUCCUAGACGCUCUUCCCGUUUUGACAUCUUUGAUGUGCUAUAUAAUAUAAAGAAUACUUCCUGAUUGGCACUUUCGAAAAGUUUUGGAAACGGAAAACUGGAAUCUAUUUUACGUCAUCAUCCGUGAAUUUAGAUCUUUUAAUGCUUACCCUCAAGCAUUAAAAUUUUCCUAUAUUUUUUCCAAAAAGUUGCCAUAGCUUGUUAUAGUAUUUUUUACCCAAAGCUCCUUAUUUUAGCCUACAAAAAAUGAAUCUAAUUAUAAAGUUGACCUCUACUCUCUCAGAACAAGUAAUUCACUUUAUAAAGCAUGGAAUUUACCUUGAUGUUUUUUAUAAAACCGGGUAAAUGUCAGGCUUUACUGAUAUUAUAAUUACCUCAAAAGUUUUAUGAUAAAGGGCAGCCGAGAAAGUGCAAUUUGUAUUGCGUUUUGGACGGAAAAAAAGUUAAUUUGUAAAGAUGAUUGUUGAAAGAGUACAAAGGGGAAAUUUCGAUGAAACUUUUUUUUGAAUUUUGAAAACCUUUUGAGGCCAAUUUCGUGGAAAGAUGGCCAAGUGACGUUUGGAUACUUGCCCUUGAAAGAGAGACUAAAAUUUUUUGGGAAUUGAUGUAAUCAUUUGAAAGGUUGUUUGAAUUCUGCAUUCUCUUUUCACUCCGUAACUUCUCCAUCUUUAUGCCAGCAUCCAUCAUAGUUAUUUUUGAAAUGUUUUCCAAAUUUAACUUUCUCCGACUGCGAAUGCCCCGGAGGCAUUUAAUUAUAAACCCCCACUGGAGGUCAGAUUUCACUGUUUAUUCAGCGCUUCCAACAACAACCAUCUAUAUUUAUAUAAUUUUAUUUUUUGUCAUCUUAUCUCUAGUAUAAUAUAUAAUAUAUCGAUAUUUGAAGGAAAAAAUCUAAAUUUAAUGCUUUUUAGGUAUGAGUAAUGUGAUUAUGCCGCCCUGGACAGAAAGCCGCUCCUCUCUCGCGUCGAUUUUAUCGCAUAUUCCGGGAUCGCCGUCUUCCUUCAUCAGGUGAGUUAAGUACAAAAUUAAUGCAAUUUCAAGCCCCGAAAAUACGUUUUUUCUCCAUUAUUACGCUGAAAGCCUCUUAUUAGUCACAUUGUAUCUUAAACUUGCCAAAUUAUAGCGUGUUUUGGCCUAUAUUUUUGGUCGUGACACAUGAUAAUUAAAAUGGAUGUGAGCUCGCUUUGUUCGCGUCUAAACAGCUUAUCUGCAAUGGUUUAAUAAGGGGUUUAGAAUCGAAUAGAAGCUUGUACAGUAGUCGGAUUUAGUGUGUUUAUUAUGUUUUGCAUUCGACAUAAAGCCGUUUGAUUUUUGGAAAGGAAACGAUAUUGUAGUAGAUGUCUGAGAGUGGAGAUUUCUCAGAGUACAAUGCUCAAGAUUUAAUAAAGCUUGGUAGAAAUGUAGAGUAUAGUCUACUAUAGUCUACAAUGUCUGAUUUUUAGCCCGCAUGCUGUAGAAACCGCAGGGGUUUUCGGUCAGAAUUCUAGCCUAAAUUUUUCGGUGAUUCUUAAUUUGAGAAAUUGGGUGUUAGUGGAUAGAGUACAAUGUUUCCACAGGAAGUCAAUUUUCUCUCGGCUACUCCAGACGAGUUAUUUCAUAAAAAAAUCUAAGCUUUUAUCAUCGUUUUCGAACUGCUUCGCGCCAAAUUUUUAUUGAACUUCUCAGAUAUCCUUGCAAAACAAGCGCUAUAAUUUUCAGCAACUUUUACUUGGACCUCUUGGAGUAUACAGUAAAAAUUUGAAGAAGUUCUGUGAAUCUUAUUUCAAGCUAUGACGAUUUUUCAAAAUUUUUCAACUUUUUUUCUCCCACUGUUUGCAUUUCUCCUCCAAAAAAAUUGGUCCAAGUAUUGUUGAGUACCCUCUAAAACUACUCAUAUUUACCCGAAAACACGAUGUAAAUGUUUUUACAUUUUUGGGCCGUUCCUCUUCAUCUCUACUUUUAACUGGAGUUACUUUGGCUUCGAAAAGAGAGGAAAUGUCUUUGUUUCCGUUAUUUGAGCGGGUUUUAAGACCUUGGUGAGUUUUGCGAGAUGUUUCUAUUAAAAAUUACAACUUCUUCUACUUUUAAAACUUCUUUAUGGCCAUGGCCAAAAGUGCCAGUGUCCAGAAAAGUGGUUACAAGCUGCGCAAUCUAAGCAUUCUCGUUUUGUGGGGGUUUUUGAAUUUUUUUGACGACAAAUUGAACUGUCAUGCCUCAGACGAUCAAGUCUAAUUAUUGAAAGUUUAAAAGGCAAGAGGCCAAAGCGCCUCAAAGCGCAUUUCCAACCCUAAUUUCUAAAAUGCCAGAGGGCAUUCACCUGCAAACUUCCUGAUUUCUCCUUGAGAAUUUUUAUCUUGACUUUUUUGAACCCCAAAAUUGGAAUUUGCAUAAUUUUAGACAUAAAAAAUUACGUGUUUUGGGGUCGGAAAGAAAGAAAGAGGCCCAUAAGGAAGUGACAUGCAAAAUUUAAGGAUGUUUAAAUAUUUUUUUGACUUACUUCUUGACCUGUCUGUCUCUAAAAUAGGAGUAAAAAAAAGAACCAAACUCUGAAUAUUUUGUGAUUUUGAAAUUUUGAUUUUUCGAUUUUAUCGCCACCAAUCUCAUAAAGUCAAUGUUUCCUAGGGCUUGAGGGGAAUUCGGACCGCAAUCCUCCAGAUCGAUCAUGUUUUGUUCCGAAUUUGAAUGGCUUAUCUUAUUCCUGUCAUAUGUUUCCCGUCCUGUCAAAACAUACCCAUCAUAACGUCUUACUUUUAUUUUAUUUCCCCCUAAAUCUCGCUCCUACUGUAUCAUAACGUCUCUAUUGCCGCCUCCACUCGACCCAAUGAUCCCACUCUAUCAUUCCGAAGGCAACAACAAAACCCCUGAAGGCAGAACAUAACCCUUUGUGUUUUAUGGGUCAAAUGAAUUUACAUUUUCCUAAUUUUUUAUGUUUAAUCCCCUCCGGCGCUUUAAUCCGCGCACUUUGGCCCAAAUGCCGCGGCCCUCAAAAAAUGGCGGUUUUAUGGCGCCGAAAAAAUUUAAAUUCCCGAAAAUUUGCGGUCGAACAUCAAAAAGUUGUCGGUAUUUAUUCGAAUAUCUAUUGAACGAAAUGCCGAAUUAAUUGUUCACCGUAGUCCUGCAGCUCUAAUCAUUGCAUCAGGCCAACAUUGGCACUUAUUCCCGGCUGUUUAUUACUGUAACUUAAAUCUGACUUCAAGAAACAUGGAAUGGCAAGUAUUUCGGAGCAGAUUAGCCCUUAAUUAGCCCUCUAAUUAAUGUGUGUAAAGCUUAUUUCAUGUUUUCCAUGUCUCUUUUUGAAGGGAUUUGAAUGGGAUUAAACGUGGUGGGAAAUACAGCAGUAUUAAUACUGUGAUAGGGAGCCAAACUCGUGGCCAGCCACUUUUUAAUGAUCCCUUUUCGACAAUUUUUAAUUGGCUUUAUUUUUGCGGCUGUUUUUAGUAGCAAAAAGUAGAGAAAAGGAAAUUUGGGUUCGGUUUUGCUUUGAUUCCAGUGAAAAUCACUUAUUCGCGCCUUUUCGGCAAUCGAAUGGGGAAAAAGAAAGAACGAGGGAGACGUGGUCUUGUGGUGUAGGGGUUAUCACAUCUGUCUAACACACAGAAGGUCGGCGGUUCGAUUCCGCCCGAGAUCAGUUCCUUUUUUCGUCUUUUUGAGGCGAUUUUUGAGCUGGUUUAGGUAAUAGAAAAUAAUGGAAUAGUUGAGAAAUUAUUUUAAAUACUUCUUAGUUUAUUAAAAAACGCCUUUUGAAUUAUAAUUUUUACUCUUUUCGUUUUCAAAGUGAAAUUUUUUGAAUUUUUUCAGCUAUCUGUAAACAAAGGUUGCAAAGUAAUAGAUAAAUGUGAUUUCUCGUCUAGACAUUGUCUCAUCUCCCCCUUUUCUUCCUUGUUGUUCGACUCUUUUCCCCUUCCUUACCUAGAACUGACCUCUGCCUCUCUUCGGCCCCUAAGACACUUGCUGCGCGACCUUCGGCUAUGCCCGAUAUCCCGUCCGGACGCCCGUUUCCUGCGUGAUAUCAGCCCUGAUUCGAUUCCCCGAGGGCCUGAUAAUUCGACUUGUGAAGAGCCGGCGAAAUCGAAUCAUAGCCUCGGGGGGUCGCGCAAGUUCUCGGCUCAUUUUUCCCGAAACGCAAUUCUUCGGGGCCGCCAAAUUACGGGGCCGCCGGCUUGUCGCGAAAUUUGAGGCGUUCGACACUUUUUUGGAGGGCCGCGCUCGGCCCUUGAAUGGACUCUUAAAACUACAAAAAACACGUCGUUAUAUUUGACAUGCCCUCCGAAGGGAGAGGCCGGCGUUUUUAUCGUGGAAUUAGCCACAAUUAGGCUGCUUGAUGAGCAAAAUUGAAAGGGCUGGGGUCAAGUUCUCACCAUUUUCGGGGUAAAACUUUUAAGUUUGGCCCGUAAAAUUACAGUAAUCUUUGAGAUAAAAUUUCUUAAAUCACGUUAUUUUUAAACAAAUUUGUUUUUGCCCUUUUAAUUGAAUGCUCGUAAUAUCUUGAUUUCAAAUAAAUUCAUUUUUGUGGUUUCCCAAUUAAAAUUUAUAUCAUCCUGGAGGCCUGCGACACGUGUAAAGACCCAAAGAAAUGUGGUGUGAGCUCAUAAAUCAUGUCUUAAAUGCCAUCUGCAGACCUCAAGAUGUCCAGAAAGUCCAGAGGUUUUAUGAAAUUUAUAAUUUCAGGGGCUGAUUUUAGAUAAUCACUUUGUUUAGCCCUGAACUUUUAUUGUUAGCGGGGAGGUGCUCGGGAUAUCGGUAUUCCCUCAAAUUCAGCUCAUAUUCUCUAUCACGGGCAUAGUUUAAAUCUCUGAGUUUUAGCUGAUAUACUUUGCAAAGGCCGGGGAGAUAUCAUCAAAAAAAUUUUCGCGAGAGACCGUGGUAAAUGAGGAGAGAUAACAGAGAAUUUUUUGUUUUUGAAAAUUGCAAAAUUUGUGAAUUUUUUACACUUCCGGACUAAAAAUAUUGACUGUUUAUGGAGAGCGCGGGCUAAAAAUUCCCUUAAAAUUCGUAAAAAAGUUUGUAUUUUAAUUCUACGCCAAUCUUUCCCAAAUUCCGCGCCUGUUUUUUACUCAGUAACCUGGCUAUUUACCACUUUACAGCCUUAUUUUCCGCUCUCAUAAUCCCUCGGAUUAGCACCUAACAACCUCUUACUCGAUAUUCUUUACAGUUUGACUGUCUCCUGACCUUGUUUGCCUUCCGUUGCCACCCAACUUGAAUAUUAUAGGUCUUUUUGGGGGCACAAAAGAACAACCAUAAUGGCAUGCCUAAUGUCAAAAGACGGCCAAAUCUCAUUACUUUUGCAACACAAUUUUAUAAACUCUUUUUUUCUUGGCCUUUCGAACCCUGAGGGAGGUUUUUGAUGUCUUUGUUUAUUUCGCCGAGAAUGUUGUUGUAUUGCGAACAGGUUUCGCUUUGGGAAAGGUAAGGUACGAGGAAGUGACCAGAAAAAUUUUCCUGCAAAAAAUCAAUUUUUUCCAGUUGAAUCUCGCAAAGAAAUCAGUAAAAAUAUUUUUUCUCUGGCCGUCUCUCCUGAUUUUCUUGUCUCUCGUCAAAAAAUGUUUGCUGAAUAUCUCGGCUCCCCAUGAAAAUUAAAUGCUGAUCUUUUCAAAAACUAAAAUAUACACCCUAUUGGAAAUAUUAGCGAAAUUGUAGGCCGCAAAUUCACAGCAAUAAAAGUUACGCAAUCAAAAAUUGUUGCUCCAAAAAUUUUUUUUAUUUUUUUUACUCUCGUCUCGUAUCUUACUUUGACAGGACGCACAGUGAAGUAAGCCUUUCAUUAGGCUCGUUAUGAGUAUUUUGGGUGUUUUUGAGCCAAGAAUAAGUCAUGCGACACAAUAACAUACGUCAUUCCCUGGUAUGUCUAUAAUGGAAGCCAGGUUUUUAAUUCAAUAUAUGCCAAAAAUAUCACGAUGAAAGGAGGAUUUAUAAUCCGAUUCUCUUUCAUUUUGAACUUCAAACAGAUCGCGACAUUUUGAUUACUGUGAUUUUUUUACUAUUAGAAAACGUCAUUUUAAUUUUUUUUUUAUUAAUUUUUUGAUAUUUUGCCGAUAAAUUUAUCAAAAAGCUAUUAAUAUUUUUUAUUAAAAAUGCAAACAUCUUGUAUCUUGCAUCCUAAUUUUUCCGAAAUUCAAAUAAAUCUUUUUUAUUUCACGAAAAUUUCGCCGAUUCUCUUCCUCCAUUCCGAUCGCUUUUUGAAGUGUGGUCUUGUGGUGUAGGGGUUAUCACAUCUGUCUAACACACAGAAGGUCGGCGGUUCGAUUCCGCCCGAGAUCAGUUCUUUUUUUCGUCUUUUUCCUUUGGUUUUCUUUAUUUUCUUGACAGCUGGAAUGUUGUAUUUAGUUGUUAGACGUUUGAUAUUUAAUUGUUAUGUUGUAAUAGCCACCUCCACAGUCUGAAAUCCGCUCUUCUCCUAAUUUUCUCAAAUUUUCCUCAGAAAUUGCUGGUUGAGAAGGCUAUAGUCUUGUAAUUAUUGUAUUUGUGUACUAAGAAGUUGUAGGACUCGACUACAACCCCUUCACUGCCCAUUUUCAUUCUCGAAACCGGUAUUUACAAGUUUUCUUCCCCCUUUCGAACUCAUUAAUUCCCUUUCCCCCUCCUUUAUCCCUCCUCGCUUCGCUGAAUUCCAAUGCCUUCGAAACUAUUCAACAGGAUUCAGAAGGCAUUUCCCGGCCAAGUUCAUGUCAUAAUUUCGGGAACCUUGGGGCGUUUAGGCCCUUUUUUUGGGGGGAAACCUGAUUUCAGCGCCCGAGAAAACUCUGCGAAAUCCGAUUACACUUGGCACGGAAAGAGUGUAAAUGGCACUUUGCAGGGACCAGGGGUAGACUCGGAUUGUCUAGAGAGGAUGUUAUCUUAUUCAUCAUGUAUUGUUUUUCGGAGGGGAUCAAAGAUAUUAUCCGUGGCCAAUUGAUGUCAAGGAUAACGUGAAAUGUAUGCCGACAGCAUUUUUGAGAAUGUAUUUGGGAAUCUGACGGCAAUUUUAGAGCUCGAAUAUAGUCUUUGUAUCACCUUGAUUAUCAAGAUAGAUUUUUGGGAUCAACUUUCAUAUUAUCCAUGACGUAGUGGUCCCAUUGGCCAUGAAUAAUACAUCACAACACAACUCUCACCAAAGCUGCUAUCAGUUGUAAAAUUAAGCGCCUUAUGGGUUGCUCUUUUGGUCUACAGGAAAUCUUUUUUGGACGAUUAUCCAAAAAAAUCUGAGAAGUUUUGAAAAUUCUCACUUAUAGUCUAAUGUCUAGAAUUUCUACAAAUAAAAUGUAGCCCUAACUGCUUAAACUCUUUGGUCUAGCCUAUGGUGAUUGUUACUCAAUGCCUCUUGACAGUUAUUUUUACGUAACUUUAAAGCAGUGUGCAUGUGGUGACCAAGUUGUAAACGUUACACAGGGUGUAACAUCUUGAUCCUCUUUGUCCCCAAAACCCCCAUUGGCUAUUUCCCUUUCAUCCGUUGGCAUUUCCAAACAGAAAAUAUGUCUUUUUUCGUGCAGAUGAGCCUGGAUGAUAUUAUACUUGAUGAUGUGGAGAGCAAAAACACAUCAUGUUCUCAUAGACUGAAAGGUGGAAACUAGUUAACUAAGAUGUAGAGGGAAUUUUAGGGAUAUUUGGAAUAUAAGCUACACCGAAAAUGGGGAGAUUUGGGGUAAAAUACGAGGAGUUCCAAAUAUUGGUUGUUGUUGUUCAGAUAAAGAAAAUCGUAUUCAAAGACAAUAUUGAGGCUAGUAGAUAAGUCAGCGCCGAUUUAACGUUCUCUGAUCGUAUUUUAUAGCUAAAUUUUAAAUUCCAAAAAUUUUUCCAAAACCAUUUUUGAUAAUUCGCAGAAAAAGUUGAAAAAAACCCGUGACUUCUGAACAAGUUGUUUGCUUUUCUGUAUUCAUUCCCUGCACCGUCCAUCAAAAGUAUAUUUUCCCCUCAAUUUUUGUAUUAUUCUGUUUUUUGGUGUCAUCCGUUCCAUUCCCCAUGCCAAAACUCUUGACUUUUCUCCCAAAUUCCCACGUCCUCGAGGUCCUGGGGUCUUUAACUUCAGGUCCCUCAAAUAUUUGCAUAUUCAAGUCGCUUUUUUAUUUGUUUUUUGCGUUGAACAAUGACGCGGGCCGAAACCGUAUCUGCGGUACUCGAAAAGAGUUAGGAGUAAGGACUCGGAUUAAACGUUUCGGAUUAUUUUUGUUUGCCUUAAGCGGAGAGGAGAAGGGGAUCUCUCGGGGCGAUUUACUUUGUUGUCGAUGGAAAAAUGGGAUUUUAGAGGGAAUUUCGGAAUUCCGAGGACGAGCGCAGGUAAAAGUUGGGCCGGAUUUCGGCCUCCGAAGGGAUAUUUGGGCUGGUUCAAAACUAGUCAUAACUUUGGAUUCCAGAGAGUUUUUUCUCAUCAAAAUGACCUUGUUUUGGGCAAAAAAUCACUGUCGUUUUUUUAUGCUAUAGAUGCUAAAUUAACCCUCUUUUCUGACCCUGAAAUGUACCCUGCUCUCUCUGUGCCUAAAUCAAGACUAUGUGGGAGUUUCUGUCUGAAUCGCCCUCUAAUUCCCCACAUUUUUGGUUUCCUGUUUCCCCAAAACUGAACAAUUCCAUAAAAUUUUUCCCGGAACAUCACAAAUUUUACUGUGUUUUCCCUUAAAUUGCUCUUGAAUGGGUUUGUUCGGGCCUCUUUGCAACCUCGCUUAUCUAUCAAGUGGACUUCGGAGGUCGAAAAUCCCUCGUAAAUUCGGCAAAAUCCCUGUGAAUCCGCGGGCUUUGCUCGGAACUCGUCUGAACUUGGGUGUAUGCCGGAUUGAAUUAGCCCGCUUUUCAUGGGAUAUUAUCUCGAUACAGACGGAACAGCAUUACACAUCCAUUGUGUUGGAGUUUGCGGCUACUGUCUGAGGAGAAGCGAGCCAAAUUCCGAUUUCUACGGCUGUUUUUCCGAGUUUUCGGGGCCAAACUUGUCCAUUUUGCUUAGAUGUAAAUUUACAACUGAUGGUGUAAAGUUACACCUAGUUACAUAUAGUCUUGUAAAGUCUCAAAUGUAAUUUUAAACCUGUUUUAAGGCAUAAAAACAAUGUAAAUUGUCAUGUUUUAGUUUAAUUUUACCUCCCUUUUCAGCUCAACCCACACUUUUUUCGCGUCGUCUUCGGGGAACCCGGACGAAGCGGCAGUCCAGUCCGGCGACUGUGGCCGCCCAUCGGAGUGGCGGUUCUGGCACCGGCUGGCCGGCCGUUACAAGGCGCAGCAGGUCAUCGAGCGGCAGCGGUUCCUCGGCCGCCUUCAGCAGCAGUUCCUGCCCGGCGUGGAGCCGCCUCAUGUCUCCAACGACCUGAUCAUGGGCAACAUCUCCAUGGAGAAUAGCCGCAAGGCCGAGAAGGUCCGCUUCGAGGAGGGCAGGGUGAGUUUGGCGGUCAUUCAGGAACGGUUUUAGUAAUUUCUUGGUUAAAAAAAUUUUAAAAAAUUUGUAUAUUAUCCAUGGGAUGAUUUAGUCAUCAAAAUCAAUAUCGAUUUUUUUCAGGAAGACGAAGCCGCCUGUAGAUUCGAGCAGGGCCUGAUCGACAAAACGGCCAUUUCUUCAUGUUUUCGAGGUACCCUCACCUACCAGCUGCGCUACGAUUUUAUUCAUCGGGUCCUGAUGCUACAUGUCCGGAGGGCAAACAAUCUGCCAACCACGGUAACAAUUUAAAAUUUUUUGACACACGAUAGUCCAGAAAUUACCAUCGAGACCAUCGUACCUUUAUUUUACCUUCAAAAAUUUCCAGGACGGAGCUCCCGAUCCGUAUGUGAAAAUGUACUGUCUUCCGGAGCGGCGAAACCACUGGAAAACGAGUAUUUUCAAGAAAUGCGUGGACCCCGAGUUCAACGAAAUGUUCUCUUUCGAUAUUCCCUACAAUGAACUUGCUCACAGAAUGCUACAAGUGAGUUCUUAUCCUCAGCGGAACACCUCUUUGGCAUGUGUAAUAUAAUUUUGGAGGGCUCGGUUAAAAAUCCGGAAAUAAAUCCGCCCAUUUUACAAUUGUCCAUUCGAGUAAUCACCCUCUGUUCUUGUAGUUUACCGUCUACGACUUUGAUCGGUUCACACGACACGGGUUGAUUGGGAAUGUGAUCAUGAGGGACCUGUUCGAAAAGUCGGACCUCUACAAUUGGACCGAAUUCACGAUGCCCAUCGUGGGGAGUCAGGUAAAUCCGCCCUCACAAAAAAAACCCACCCCACCUCCACAACAAGAAUAACCCACUAUUUUGCAGGAGAAAAACGAUUACGGCGAUCUGUUGUUGUACUUGGCCUACUCGGCCGACCUUUGUAAAUUGUACCUCACCGUGGCCAAAGCCUACAACCUUCGGCCCAUGGAUAUUACCGGUGCUUCGGGUGGGUGUUCAUCUCCUUGCUUAUCGAUUUAGAAGAAGCUAUGACACUAAUUAUGCAUGUUUUAGACCCUUAUGUAAAGUGCGAACAAAUCUACCAGAGGAAACGGGUAAAAAUGCGAAAAACCUCAAUAAAACGUGCCAAUCUGAAUCCGGUGUACCAUGAGUGUCUCGAGUUCGACCUCCCCAUCAAUCAGAUCAAGGAUACCAGCAUCUUGGUCCAGGUUAUGGACUGGGAUCGGUGAGUUUAUUUUGAUCAAUCCAAAAUAGAAGAAAAAAAUCCCGCCCCUUUUUGGUGAUUCGUUCAAAACGAAACGUCACUAUCGAUAAACGCAUUUUCUUAUCUUUCCUCUUCCUUUUCGAGAAAAAGCAAUACUGUCUAAACCAGCCAUAAUACAACUUUUGUUACAGCAUUGGUCGAGACGAUCUCCUUGGCUGUUGUGUGCUCGGAAAUGACUCUCCCACCGCUGAAGGUCGUACCCAAUGGAUGCAAUGUUUCACUCUCGUCUACGGCAAUAACCUCCCUCAGGCCGCGAGCACCGAUCACUUCCAGACGUUGAGCAACGGCGAGACCCGGCUAGAUGCCGCUCCAGAUCUCGACAAUGGCCUCAAAGAGAAUGGAAAUGAAUUGGAACCCAAUGGGAUCAGCCUCCGAGAACUGCGGGGCAAGUAUUCGGUGGCCAGUCUCGGGUCCAACGGAAAUCCGAUUGGAAUGCAAUGCUUUGACGCCGCCCUCAGGCCAAUCGGAACUUGGCAUUCGAUUCUUGGCGAAGUCCCGGACAGUUAUAGGAACAUCCCGAAGGCCAAGAGGAAAUAG